AUGGCCGGGUUGAGCGACAGACCGUCCUUUCAACCGAUCUGCGCCACAGGCUACACCUGGAUGAUGCUCUAUUCACUGGUCCUUCUCGGCCUCGCAGUCAUUGUGCGGGCUGAAGAUGGCAGCGCAGCAUGGCUUCGAUAUGCGCCCCUCGACAACGCCGCGGCUGCUCGCUUCAAGGCCCCUGAGAUAAUCGUGGCACUGAACAGCACGGAGACGAGCCCAGUCUUUAGUGCGGGACAGGAACUGCAGAAAGGGUUCAAUGGCAUGCUCGGCAAGAACGUCAAUGUCGUUUCCUCGCCAGAAGACCUCGACCCCGAAGACAAGGAUUCUCGCAUCAUCGUGGUCGGGACGGCCGCCCAGUUCACCGACGAGAACACCCUCGGCAAUCUAACAUUCGCCGCCAGCGACCUUGAAGAGGAUGGCUUCUACAUGUCUACUCGUGGCCGUGUUGUCCAAAUUGUUGGUCAGAACGAGCGUGGUGCCCUGUACGGCGCUUUCGAAUACCUGGCACGCAUCGCAAGACAUGAGUUCUGCGGCAAAGACGGCAUUGACAAUCCUCACCAGCCAAUUCGAUGGGUAAAUCAGUGGGAUAACCUCGACGAUACCGGCACCCACGGGUCAGUCGAGCGCGGCUAUGCUGGUCCUUCUAUAUUCUUUGCCAAUGGCGGCGUCGUGGCCGAUAUGACACGGGCUGCCGAGUACGCUCGGCUCCUCGCUUCCAUCCGUAUCAACGCCGUGGUGGUCAACAAUGUCAACUCGAACCCGCAGAUCCUCAGCCCGAGCAACAUCGAUGGCCUUGGACGGAUAGCAGAUGCCUUUAGACCGUACGGCGUCCAGCUCGGCCUGUCGCUCAACUUCGCCUCGCCCCAGACGUAUGGAGGCCUUGACACGUUUGAUCCGCUCAACGAGCGCGUCAUCAAGUGGUGGGAGGACAAGACGGACGAGCUCUACGCGCGCAUCCCCGACAUGGCUGGUUACCUGAUCAAGGCCAACUCGGAAGGGCAGCCUGGACCGCAUUCGUACAACCGCACCCUUGCACAGGGCGCAAACCUCUUUGCGAAAGCGACCAAGCACCACGGUGGGGUUGUUAUGUUCCGAGCUUUUGUUUACGAUCAUCUUGCAGACUGGACAAAUACAAAGCUCGACCGGGCAAAGGCUGCCGUGGACUACUUUGAGGGUCUAGAUGACAAGUGGGACGACAAUGUCAUUGUGCAGAUCAAGUAUGGACCUAUCGACUUUCAAGUCCGUGAGCCGCCCAGCCCGCUCUUCGCACACCUGCCGACUACAGAUACCGUAAUAGAGCUGCAGGUUACGCAGGAAUAUCUUGGUCAGCAGAACCACCUUGUUUACCUGGCGCCACUCUGGAAGGAGAUUUUGGACUUUGACUUGCACAUCGAGGGUCAGGAGAAGAGCUUGGUCCGCGAUGUUGUGGCAGGAGAGCGACCCGGUGGCAAGAAAUUGAGGCUGAGUGGCUCGGCGGCUGUUGUCAAUGUGGGCACUGAUGCCAACUGGCUCGGAAGCCAUCUCGCCAUGUCAAACCUGUAUGCCUAUGGCGUGUUGGCCUGGGAUCCAACGGCCGAAUCGGAAGCCAUGCUCAGGGACUGGAUCAAGCUCACCUUUGGGCACGACCAGCUCGUUGCUGACACCAUUAUAAAGAUGUCCAUGGAGUCGUGGCCCGCAUACGAGGACUACAGCGGAAAUUUGGGCAUCCAGACCCUUGCUGAUAUUUUGCACACCCACUUCGGCCCCGGCCCGCAGAGUCAAGACGGCAAUGGAUGGGGCCAGUGGACUCGGGCAAACGCAACCUCGGUCGGUAUGGAUCGUACCGUCGCAACUGGAACUGGUUUCUCUGGCCAGUACCCAUCCGAGGUCGCCCAGCGCUUUGAGAAGAUCGAGACGACGCCUGACAACCUCAUCCUCUGGUUCCACCACGUGCCAUGGACGCAUGUGCUCAAGUCGGGCAAGACAGUCAUUCAGCACUUUUACGAUGCCCACUACGACGGUUCUGCCGUUGUACAGGACUUCCAUCUCCAGUGGCGUGCGCUUCAGGGCCGAAUGGACGAUGAGCGGUUCGAGCACGUGCUUUUCAGACUCACCUACCAAGCCGGUCACUCCCUCGUCUGGCGGGACAGCAUCUGCAACUUUUACAACAACAUGACCAGCAUCCCUGACGAGAAGGGCAGGGUCGGCAACCACCCGUACCGGAUCGAGGCCGAGAGCAUGGAGAUGGAGGGCUACCGUGCCUACAACGUCGACCCAUUCCACACGGCCUCGGCUCGACGCGCAGUCAUCACCACCUCGAACGUCACCACAGGCGCCAAUAGCACGGAUCCAGGCACCGUCUGGACCACACUCAAUUUUGAAGAUGGAACAUACGAUGUUGCCGUUAACUACUAUGAUGUGAUGCGUGGCCAGGCAGACUACGUCCUGACCAUCGACAACAAAGUGAUAGGGCGGUGGAAGGGCGACAAUGAGAAUAGCUUGGGCAACGAUGGAAGCUUGAACCUCGACGGACACUCGGCCACCCGGAUCCGCUUUGAGAAUAUAGAGAUCAAGAAGGGCAAUGUACUAAGGAUUGUAGGCACGCCUGAUGGCGUCGAGGGCGCUCCUCUUGACUAUGUCGCCAUUCUUCCGGAUGGGAUUGUCGACUGA